AUGACUCUGUGCCAGCAGAACGGGACGGCCCUGCGCUAUAUCCCCCUAUCCUAUAACCAUGCCGACUCUCACGCUUCCGCAUUGCGGUUAAUCCUCACACUCAACCCUGAUUGGGAGGGGCCGGAAAACAAGAUUGAAUUCGUGCGGUUCACGGACGGCAUCACCAAUACGCUUCUUAAAAUCAUCAACCGCAAACCCGGUUUGACCGAGGAGCAGAUAGAUCACGAUGCAGUACUGAUGAGAGCGUACGGUAACCACACAGAGAUUCUUAUAGACCGCGAAAGAGAAACGAGCUCCCACGCGCUCCUCGCUAGUUAUGGCCUUGCUCCUCCGCUUUUGGCACGCUUCAAGAACGGCCUUCUGUAUCGUUUCCUCCGUGGUCGGCCGGCUACCCAUGAGGAUCUAGCGACGCCUCCAGUUUGGCGCGGUGUUGCUAGACGCCUCGCGCAGUGGCAUGCCGUCCUGCCCGUCGGUGGGACUCCUGCAACCUCGAAGGAAUCCGAGAACGUACCCCUCACGCGACAAGUAGACGUCGACUCAGAAGACCAUCAGCAACAGUCCAAGCAGGAAGGUAGCUUGUCCGUGGUGAAGACCAGGCAGCCUGGACCCAAUAUCUGGACUGUCACCCAGAAAUGGAUCCUUGCUCUGCCCACCGCAACGGAGGAGCAGCGCCAGCGGAGACUGAGUCUGCAGAAGGAGCUUGAACGGGUCGUGCGUGAACUGGAUGAUGGCAAGGGACUUGGUGAAGGCGGCCUGGUAUUCUCCCACUGCGAUCUCCUCUGUGCGAACGUCAUUGUCCUUCCCUCGGAGCAAAAGCAAAACGGGCACGCUGUCACCACCAAAGAUCAGGAAACCGCCACGAUCAACUUCAUCGACUACGAAUACGCGACCCCCUCCCCAGCUGCUUUCGAUAUCGCGAAUCACUUCGCUGAAUGGGGUGGCUACGACUGCGACUACAACAUGAUGCCGACGCGGCCCGUCCGACGCCAGUUCUUGACUGAAUAUGUCAAGAGCUACAGCUACCACAAGGGAAUCCCCGAAUCAUUCCAGCCAGAAAUCGUCGACCGCCUCUACGAGGAUGUCGAUCGAUUCCGCGGAAUCCCCGGUCUAUACUGGGGAAUCUGGUCCCUCAUCCAAGCCCAAAUAUCCCAGAUCGACUUUGACUACGCAUCCUACGCCGAGGUCCGCCUCGGAGAAUACUACGCCUGGCGUCGUGAGACGGACGGAUCUCGGGUCCAGGCUCAGGAAGAGAUGCCCCUCCGUGAGCGUCGCUGGGCCCAAGAGGCGUGA